AUGGACUAUGGUAAUAACAACAAUAACAACAACUUCUAUUAUGGUAACAAUAACAAUUUUAAUAAUGGAUCUGUAAGACCGAACUUGCCUCAACCGACCUCAUCGGGAACAUUAAAUAAAGGUACAGUAUCUGAUGAAGUACAGAACCCAUCCACAUAUACUUCUUCACAGUAUUCUCAAUAUCCAAUAAAUAAUUUGAACAAUAAUAAUGUUGUUUCUUAUCAACAACUACCACAAAUGCGAGCAUAUCAACCACGUCCACAACCUUUCCAAAACAAUCAAUAUCAUCCAUAUCAUCCGAACUUACAAGGAUUCCCUCCUACAGCUCCUCUUUCCCCCUUCCAACAAAUGAUACCCCCAAUGGGGGCUCCAUUCCAACCUCAGCCUCAACCUCAACCUCCACACUAUAUGAAUGGUGAUAAUCAAUGGAAUCUCAAUCAACCAGGUGAUAAUAGAUUUAGGAAUCGAAAUGUAAGAACACGUACAAAAAGAGAUGAACCAAUAAACUAUGAUGAAGAUGAAGAUGAUGCGAACAAUAACAACGAGGAAGAACAAUCAAUAUUGAAUCAAGAAAAUACAACUGUGGAAAAAAUACAGAAACAAAUGAAAAGAACUGAGCCCAUAAGUUAUGAAGAUCCGAUAACGUAUAAUAAUACUAUGGAUAGCAAUAUUAAUAGCAGUAGUAAUAGAACAGAUAAAGAAAAUGCUAUAGAAAGUAAGUCAAACCAUAAUCAUAUCGUUAUCACAAACGACAAUGGUAAGAAUUUUGACCGUGUUUCAUCUAGGGACAAUAAUAAUAAGAAACGAGAUUUGACAAACGAACAUGGAGAGGGAACUAAUACCAUCAUUACGGGAAAGAAACGUAAAACUGAAGAAUCUGUACCGAAGGAAGGGCGAGAAAAGGUGACAGUAUCAACGAACUUCAUUCCUGUUAUCUCCGGAAAUAUAAAGAAGAAAGUGGUGGUAACUAAUCUAGGUAAUGACAAUGCUAACGAUCGCAACAAUGAUUCUGAUGGUGAUGAUGAUGAUGAUUAUGAUGAUUUAAAAGAUGGGAAGAGCAAUCCUACAACCAUUCCUGGAACGUCAAUUACUUUAUUAACUGAAGAAGAUAUUGAAAAAUGGAGAGAGGAAAGAAGGAAAAUGUGGUUAUUAAAGAUUUCAAAUAAUAAAAUAAAACAUAUGGCAAGUAUGGGGAUUAAAGAAGAUGAAUUGAAAAAACAGAAAAGUAUUUUAAAUGAAUCAAAAAAAGAUAAUAGAUUUAUUCAAAGUAUUCAAAAUCAAGUUAAUAGAUUCCAUCCUCAAGUUAAUUUGAAUAUUAAGUUGGUACAAAGAGAAAUGGCAAAGGAUAAUUUGAAAUUACUAGAAUUCAUCAAAGAGUUGGGUGACUCAGGAUUAUUAGAAUAUGAAUUAUCUCAAGAAGAGAAAGAUAAAUUGUUUGGUGGUGAUAAAGCUGAUAAUCAAAGAGGGUACAAUAACAAGAAUACACAUUAUAAUAAUAAAGAUAAUAAUGCAUUUAGAAAUAAUAAACGACCACUUCCUAGACAAUCUAGGUAUGAUACUAAAACGGAUAAUAGUAAUAUGAAAGGAGAGCAAUAA